AUGGUUCUCGACAUUGAUCCGGCCAACGUCCUGCGGGAGCGAGACCUGGAAACGGUCGAGUACGACCUAUACAGGUCUGCAGCCGAACUCGCUGUCCUGGGGGAGGUUGAGUCUGCGCGUGAUCUGGAAAUCACGUUCGAUGCCAACUACCUGGAGAAGUGCCUGGCCACCAUUCGUGGGAACGCCGGUACUCCAUACCCAGUUGGCACAAUUGUCAAAGCUCUCGCUAUUUCUUUGACUCUCAAUUCAGGCCCAGCCAGGAACAAUGUCUUUGCGAACAUGGAUUUGGUCAAGAUGGUUGCCGCUGGAUGGAGUCGCAGGCUGAUCGAUGCUCUUGUGGUAGCCGAACAGCUCUGGCCGUAUUACAUUUGUGGCUUGCUCGCGGACACCGUUGGAAUUGGUGCCGAAGAGCUCAGGUCAAAGGGCGAAAACCUGGUCAGGGCAUUUUCUGCUCGCCUCAGCCGUGGAUACGUGGAGAACCGACUCGAAUCGAAGACUUUGAAGGAAUUGCUCGAUAUUGGCGAGAAGAACACCCUCACUGGCCCCGGCUUACGGCGCUGGAAAGAAAUGGGCGGCGGUAUCCCAGAGACAAUGUUUAAGAAACCGGCAACAAGAGAACAAAUAUCCGAGCUGGAGAGCCGUCUGGAAACUCAUCUGACACAAGACUACAAAGGGUUUCUGAGCAUCACCAAUGGCUUUGGUAGUGGCGACGACAUGCAAGAGGGAGUGUACAACGGAUACUUUCUCGACCCCGAAUUGUUUGCCACGGACAAAGUGGCGUGGCUAUCCGAGGAUUGGAUCGCGCUCCCCUUCGAAAUGCUGAAGAUCCCGCGGGAAAUUGAAGAUCCGUAUAGGAAACCUUCGGAAGCUUGGGAUACAGCCAUGCCGCUGUUGAAUCGAGUUGUUCAUAUUGGCAACAGAGACAUAGACGACUUGUGGCUGGUGCAUCCGGACUUGGUACAGAAGGCGAAAAGGGCGUACCUCGAGAUGCUGGAAAACGGGGACGAGAUGCAGAAGAAGAUCCUCCAGAGAGCCAUGAAAGACUUUGCGGGGAGUAUGGAGCGAUUCACGGAACUGGAGUGGUGCUGUGUCAAGAAUUCUUCCGGAGGAGCAGCCACCUCGGCUGUGUUUUCAAGUUUCAGAUCGUACCUCGAGAGUGUGGUUGAGGCUUCAGGGGAGGACAAAAUGUCAUCCACAAAUAAGCCAUGGUAUGCUGAUUAA